AUGGGACAAGAUCAAUAAAGAGAUUAGUUGGAGGAGAAGCUUGAAUAGAAAUUAGCAAAACUAGAGAAUGCUUAGUAUUGUCUCAUUAAUAAUAGUGGAGUCUCAGCUCUUUAAAUGAUGUUCCAACUACUUGGGCAUAAAGCGAGAAUAGUAGUUUAGGAUGAUUUUUAUUCUGGAACAAGACAUAUGCUUAACAAAGUUUUUAAUGAAAGAUUAGAGCAAGUAGCAAUCAACCCUAAUAAUUUCAAAGAAAAAUUAGUUGAAUUACUUUCACAUUAGUUCACAUUGAAACUCCAAGCAAUCCUUUAAUGCAAGUAUUUGACUUUAGAGAGAUCUCCUAGAUUUAAACCAUUAGAUCUUGGAUGCGAUAUAGUCAUUGACUCAUGCACAAAAUAUAUUUGUGGGCAUUCUGAUUGUCUAGCUGGUUCGAUAUGCACAAAUAAUCUUGAAAUUUAUCAAAGAUUAAAAGAGAUCAGAGAUUACUCUUUCAAUCUUUAUCUUAUGGAGUAAGGACUUCAAACUUUCAAGCUUAGAGGAUCUGUCAUUUAAUAAAAUGCUCUUAAGCUAGCAAAUUAUCUAGAGUAACAUCCGAAAGUAGAAAAAGUCCUUCAUCCCUUAUUAGUUAGUCACCCAAAUUACAGUGUGAUGAAAGGAUAAACUACAGGAUAUAUGGGCACAUUUUCAUUUUAUCUUAAAUGCUUAUGUGAAUUCGUAAAAAAUCAAAAGCGUUUUGAAUUCGGAACAAGCUUAGGGGGAGUGAAAAGCUCUAUUGAUCACUUUGGUGGGACAAUGAGAUACUACUACACUAUUGAAUAGAGAAUAGAAAGAGGAUAUACUGAUAACUUUUAUAGAGUAUCAACAGGGAUAGAGGAUGUGGAAGAUUUAAUAAAAGAUUUAGAAUAGGCUCUUGAAAAAUUAGAAUGA